GACGACGACAGAGCUUGCUAUCACUGCGGCGAGGCUGGACACAUAGGCCGAGACUGCCCUACGAAGCCUGCCAUGGUUUGUCGCCGAUGCAAUGAGGAAGGCCACAUGGCAAAGGAGUGUCCGGUACCCCAGACGUGCCGCCGCUGUGGCAACGAAGGCCACAUGAGCAAAGAGUGCACCAUGGUCCCCCCCGUGGACCGCAGUCAUAUCGCUGACAAGUCGACGGAGGCGGCUUGGAACGAUAUCGAAGAAGCUGUCAAGGAAAAGGAUAUCGAUGACCUUUUGAUCGCGUUUCAACAAUACGUCAAGGCGAUUCUCGUGGAGUUCCCAGAGACGAUCUACCGUAGCCUCCAAGAAGGCUUCAAUAACUCGGGCUUGAGCGUCUUCCUCAUCGCUCUGGAGACCGAGGUAGAGCCGUCUUUUACGAAUGUUGAUCUGCAAGGAAAUGCCGACAAGAAGUACAUGAUCUCGGUUCGACUCUCUGACAAACCACGUCGGCCCCGCGAGCGCGAGGGCUGGCCCGAGAACAUGGACGAAAUCCUGCAACGUCUGGAUGAUGCUGGCGAGCGUGUGCCGUCUCAUAAGCGCCAAUGCUUCAACUGCAAUGAGUGGGGUCAUGGAUCCCGAGACUGUCCUGAACCCAAGGCUGAGCGCUCCCGCGAGAUCAUCACAUGCCCGAACUGCAACGAGGAGGGCCAUCGUCUACUCUAUUGCAAGCAACCUCGCGUUGACAAGAACGCCUGUCGCAAUUGCGGUGGCUCUGGUCACCGCGCCAAUGAGUGCACCGAGCCUCCCAAUAUGGACAAUGUGGAGUGUCGCAAGUGUGGUGAAAGUAAGUCAACUCCCCGAUAUCAUGUGAAUGCUUCUAACAGGUUCGUAGUGGGCCACUACAGCAAGGACUGCGAAAAACCCGAGACAUGCCUCAACUGUGGUGAAGAGGGCCACAAAUUCUUCGGUUGCCCGAAGCCCAAGGAUUAUUCUAAAAUCACUUGCUCGGUUUGCAAAGAGAAGGGCCACACGAAGGCUCGCUGCCCGCAAGCGGAC